AUCAGCCUUUCGCUGGACUAAGUGCCCGGAGCAGGAGCCUUUGAUGCUGCUGCUGACUCCACCUGCCUCAUAGACUUAUAAUAGCUUUAAAAAACCCCAUUCUUACUUUAUGCUGGCUCUUAAAGCCUGGCUGGGAAAACAAUUGGGAUCUUUGGCAAAAUGGUUACUCAGCAAGGACUAGAAUCCUAUAUAGCCCUUUCCAGCUUUAAUGACCUAUCGCUCCAAGACGUUUGAAACGUUAUCCUUUGUGUGGUCAGCGUUUUAAAAGGGGAGGGGGAAUAGCCUUUCGAUUAUAUUGGUACUACGGCUCCCAGAAUUCUCACCAAUGUAGGAAUUCUGGGAAUGGUGGUCCCAAGACAUCUGGAUCCCGUGGAAACCAAGUUUAGAACCUGCUUGCAAAGAACCCUAGACGCAGCAGAGAAGCCAUGACAACGUUGAUCCACCGAGGGAGACGUGUGGAUGUUGGAAGGAAUGCAGACAAGCGGGUGGAAGGUGAAGAAAAUGCCGCGGUGGACAAGACUUUGGGCGAGGAAGACUCAGGGGACUCCAAAGACAUCCGCCUCACCCUCAUGGAAGAGAUCUUGCUCUUGGGGCUGAAGGAUAAAGAGGGCUACACGUCUUUCUGGAAUGACUGCAUUUCCUCGGGGCUGCGAGGGGGCAUUCUCAUUGAGCUAGCCAUGCGAGGAAGGAUACAGCUCGAACCACAGUCCAUGAGGAAAAAACGGCUACUGGAUCGAAAGGUCCUCGUGAAGUCUGAUGCCCCAACUGGAGACGUUCUCCUUGAUGAAACACUCCGCCAUCUCAAAGCCACUGAGCCAGCCGAGACGGUGCAGACUUGGAUUGAACUACUCACAGGUGAAACCUGGAAUCCUUUCAAGCUGCAGUACCAGCUCCGCAAUGUCCGUGAGCGGAUUGCCAAGAACCUUGUGGAGAAGGGCAUCUUGACCACCGAGAAGCAGAACUUCCUCCUCUUCGACAUGACCACCCACCCGGUCACCAACACUACGGAGAAACAGCGCUUGGUGAAGAGGCUCCAGGAAAGUGUCCUCGACAGGUGGGUCAAUGACCCCCACCGCAUGGACAGGAGGACUUUGGCACUGCUGGUCCUGGCCCACGCCUCUGACGUCAUGGAGAAUGUCUUUGCCAGCCUGGUGGAUGAGAAAUACGAUGUGGCCAUGAACAGGUCCAAGGAUCUGAUGGAUAGGGACCCUGAGGCGGAGGCCGCCAAGGCGGGGGGCAUGGAGAUGAUCUGGGCUGUGUUGGCAGCCUUCAACAAAUCCUAGGUCCUCCCGGCUGAGCGAAGUGGUUCCAAGUGGGUUUGGCCCUUUUUCCUCCAGGAACGAGCCUUUUGCUUGGUGGAGUCUUCCCACAUUCCUGAGCAAGAGGCUCUGGUGACUUCUGCUUGCCCUGCCCGCUGCCGGACAUUUGUCGUCGGGCCUGGUGAGCUAUUCUGUUACAGGGAGAGCCCUACCUUCGCCACCACCUUUGUCACAUCCUCUUCUUUGGAUCUGGGAGCAAGCCGAGAAGUUUGUGCAUUGCUCUUCUUCCUGAUCCCCGGUUCAUUUUUUUCCCUAGAUCCCAAGUUAAGAAUGAAGGCGGGCCUGGGCCUGGUACAAAAGGAUUGAACGGUGGUUCUCUCCCUCUGCCCCCCUCCUCUUUUCUCUCAGUUCACAUCCUCCUCUUGCAGUAUCGGGGAGGAAUUAAUUUCGGGGUGUGUGUGCGCUUUCCAUUUUUUAAUCUCACGAUUCCAACCUCGGUUUUUGUCUUGCCUUGUUUUUCAAUCAGAGUUCCUUUGCUCUUUUUUUAUUGUGCUGUUCUUCUUGUGUUUGUUUAGAAAAGACCAUUACAGCACAAGUCUCUAUGCAA